GGAAGAGAGUGAGAGAGAUAUAAAGUUUGAGAGAGAGAGAGAGAAAAGGAGAGUAAUUUAACACCCAAAAAGUCCUAAAGUGAAAUGGCUGCCUACACACAAUUUGGAUACGGUGGCUUUCCGACGGCCUCACAGCUAAUACCGCCAAGUGCCCAGCCAGCGGAGGACUCCUCCGUAAACGUGAACGACUCGCUGGUGAUGACAAACGCCCCGGCGAUGAGCCCUGCGGGUGGUGCGGACUGCCAGGCGAGCCAGCCAUCGGGUGGCAUUGCUGGAGCUGGCGGAGAUGCCUCCUCGGGGGCACUCAGUCCCAAUGCCCUUUCGCAGAACUCGCAAAAUGCCCCGACGGGAUUGGUGGUGGCCGGAGCUGGAUCCGGGCCAGGCGGAGCGGACCUGGUUACCGGUGGCGGCGGCGGCGGCGGUGGCUCCCUGGACGGUAAUGGUGUGGGCACGACGCCCACGGCCGGCGGAGGCAGUGGCUCCUGCUGCGAGAACGGGCGACCCAUUAUGACCGACCCGGUGUCGGGUCAGACCGUCUGCUCCUGCCAGUAUGACUCCGCCCGCCUUGCCCUCUCCAGUUACUCCCGGCUGCCGGCGGCCAGCGUUGGCGUCUAUGGGACACCAUAUCCCUCAACGGACCAGAAUCCCUACCAGAGUAUUGGAGUGGACAGCUCCGCCUUCUAUUCGCCGCUGAGCAACCCGUAUGGACUCAAGGACACGGGCGCGGGUCCGGAGAUGGGAGCCUGGACAUCCGCAGGACUACAGCCCACCACGGGCUAUUAUUCCUACGAUCCCAUGUCGGCCUAUGGCUAUGGAGCCAGUUAUGAUUUGGCUGCUCGUCGCAAGAAUGCCACCCGGGAGUCCACGGCCACUUUGAAAGCCUGGUUAAAUGAGCACAAGAAGAAUCCGUAUCCUACAAAGGGCGAGAAGAUCAUGCUGGCCAUCAUCACCAAGAUGACACUCACCCAGGUCUCCACUUGGUUUGCCAAUGCCCGGCGGCGUCUGAAGAAGGAGAACAAGAUGACCUGGGAGCCCAAGAAUCGCACUGAUGAUGAUGACGAUGCCAUGGUAUCCGAUGAUGAGAAGGACAAGGAGGACCUGGAGCCGGGCAGCAAGGGAAGCCAGAGUGGCAGUGGCCUGGCCAAAGAUGAGACCAAAGAGGAGGAGGACGCCAUAGAUGAGGACCAGAAGUGCUUGGGUCAGCAGGCCAAUAUCCUGCGAGCAGGCUUCGGUUAUCCCUCGGCAGGAAGUGGCGGCUAUCAUGGAGGUGGAGGUGGCUCCGCUGCCGGUGGCUAUCACCCGUAUCACCAUCAGCAUCCCGCUUAUUACCAGCCGGGUCAGCAGGGCAUGUUGCCCUUUCAUGGAGGUGAGGGUUCCGGAUCGGGAUCAAAGCUCCACGGGGACAAUGGGGAGUCAAAAAACCAGCUAGGCCGGGACUGUGGCGUGCCGAUUCCAGCUACCAAGCCGAAGAUCUGGAGUCUGGCCGACACAGUUGGCUGCAAGACCCCACCGCCGGCCUACAUGGGCCAUCAGGGUCACCCAAAUCACUCGAUGCCGCUGCAGCAGCAAUAUCCACCAGUGCAGCAGGAGCAGGGAGCCGGAGCAGCUGGGCGGGAUCAGAUGUUCAAUGGUGCCGCCGCUCCCUACCUGAGGCCGCACACCACGGCUUACGGGGGUUUUCUAGGGGCUACGACCCAGCAGCUGCAUACUACGAACAGCAGCAACAGUAUGCCCUACAGCAGCAGCAGCAGCAUCAGCAGCAGUAUCCCCCAGCACCAGCAGCAGCAGCAGCAGGAGCAACUGCAUCCGCAGCAGCUGGCGGUGGGUCAGCGGAGCAGCGGGAGCAGCAGUUCCAGCGGCACGCAUACGCCUACCAUCCUUACUACGGGAAGUUCGAGCGGGGCCCAGCUGCAGCUGCAGUUCCAGCGGCAGCAGUUCCAACAAUCUCAGUCCACAGCGAGUCAGCGGGCGAUGGGGUUUCCCGAAGCCCAACCCGAUACUCCACCCCAAACUCCGCCGAAUAUGAAGGUGCUGAACGGAGCUUUGAGUCUCCUGCCUACCGCUACUCCAGCCCCUACGAUCGCUACCUGUCGCAGCAGUAAUGCGACCCAAUACAAUGGUUAUCCCAUGAAUUUCUCCAGGAUUGGGGAGUACUCACCGCGAGAGGAUUAUGGCAGCGGGAACAGUAGCAGCAGCAGCACCAGCUCCUCAUCCUCGCCUCUCCAGCUGCAGCGGAAUGAGGCCAUGUUUAGGCCACUCUUUAAGAAGUAUGUCAACUAAGAGGGUAUAGUAUACAUAAGUGCUAUCAAAAGCAACGAGAAAAUCUCUAAUAAAAUCAAAGAGAUUUAUAAGAACUUGGACAGAUCUUGAAAAAAUCAAAGAAAUCCUUUUUUUGACCAGCAUCUUGCGUCUAUAACUGGUAUUUAAGAGGCCCCAUUGGGAUCGUGUAAUAUUCAUUGUAAUCGUAUACACCGCGUAAAACAACUUCAAGUUUCAUUCGAGUUAUGCAUCAUGUAUUUAGAGUACCAGAUCAAAUGUUUCUCUUCAAACUGCAAUGUAAGCUUAGGCUAAAUACUAAAUUAGCGCAAUAAGAUUGUAAACUGUGAUACGUUUUUCAUUGUCUAACAGACUUCACACUAAACACU